UAUUCCAGAUACAGAGUUCCGUAUUAAGGGAUAUGCUAACACAACGGAUGUAACUGUGAGUGAAGACGACACAAAUAUACGAUUUAUUUGUAAAUUGAUAAAUUACAAAAGCCCAUCAAUACAGAUUAUGUUCAACAAUUUUAGUCUAAACGAGCAGCACAAUUCUAGCGUUCUAAACUUUACACGUAAGAGUGUAACAUGUUUCGACGCUGAUGUAUGUACACACGUGCAAAGACAACAGUAAACAAGAAGCCUGGCUAGGAUCAUCAAUUCGUUUAUUUGUCAAAUGUGCACCUCGUCCUCUGCAGAAGGUAACAAGUCCAAUGUAUGUUCCCGUAACACUUAGCUUCACAACACUAGCGUACCCUGAACCUGGUCCUAAAGGAUUCCUGUGGUACAAGGAAAAUGGGACCGAUUGGAUACCUUUGUUAAGUAAUUCAGAUGUUCAGAUAUCUUCUUCAGGCCUUCAGUCAAACAUUACUAUAUUUAACGUGUCGCUGUCGGAUUAUGGAACAUAUCGAUUAACUGUUACAAAUGAAGUUGGAAUUAACAAGCAAAUGAUACGCCUUGUUAAGAAAGACUCUACACAGAAAGAACUUAGAGAAAGUGGUACCGAAGGUGAUGCAUACAGCAGCUGGAUGAUAGUUGGUAUUGUUUGGGUUUUCCUCACUAUAGCCAUCGGAUUCUACGCAACCGUAUAACCUUUUUGUGGAGAAAAGCUGUAUCGAAAGGUGCGAGGGAGCCAACGGGAGAAUCAACAGCACAAACAACGUAUGUGAACACAGAUGUUGCCGCAGCGCAUGUAGAGGUUGACAGCACACAUGAUCAACACAUCACUAAAGCUGAGUCUGUAAAUCUAUCCACAGACCUAGCUCAUUAUUCUAAGGAUGAUAAAUCGACAUAUGAAGUCCUUAAAGGAAACUGAUAGAACAGCUAAUAACAAACUCGUGAUCUGAAUUGUACAAAAUUCAAGAUAAUAUAUUUGUUAUAAACAAUACUUUUGAGAAUGAAAAUGUGUUGGGACAAUGGUCCUUUAUUAGAUUGACUGGUGAAAUUUUAGGCUAUUUUCAUAGAAAUCAGAACAGGUAGACCCCAUGUGGUCUCUUAAGACAGAUCGGACUGUACUAUUAACUGUAAAGCAAAUUCUAAUUUUAAUUGUAAUUUACUGUUUGUGUAUCAUUUCCAGCAUUUCCGGACUGAUAUAGUGGCAAAGUCCACAUUAAGUAAAAUGUAGGGAUGUCAUUCGGAGUCCGGAUAUCUGAACGUUCGGAUCAGGAUUUGGUGUCCGGAGCCGAUUUUCGGAUCCGGAUGUUCGUUUUAAAUAUUUCAGAAUAUUGAGAAAAUGUGAUAAAUGCAUGCGUUAAGAUAAUCGACCUGGACAUGGUGUUGACACCAUAUUGUAUAUUGUACUAAAAUGCAUCAAGCACAAGAAAAAAAUUUGUAUGUGUCCUUUAACCCUAAAGCUUGUGAAAUGGGCCAUUGCGUUUGCUUAUCUUGGAAUUUCAAACAUUCCACUCAAAGUUUAACAAGAUAUAUCAAAA